AAGAUCAUUAUCUGAAACCCCAACAUGCAAAUUUUCAGCACAAAGUUAUGAUUUCUUUUCCAUAAACGCCUAAUAGGCCAUCGCGGUGAAUCAUCUUGUAUUUUAAAUGAUGCCAAUUUAUCUGAUUCUAAUAUUAAAAUAUUUGAACCCUAUAUUAGCGUCCAUCAAGCUAUACUGCUUGUUAUAAAUAAUGAACGAAUGUCGAAGAAAACAUCUCACAUAUUGUGAGAUGAUUUGCAGUUAUGAUUGUAGGUAUAUAAACUUCCCAAACCUCAUUAAACACCCUCAGAAGGCACGAACAAACCGUUCCUAAGACGACCUGACCUACAAAAACAUGGCAACCAAUGUUACAUCGAUAACGACCAGAAAAACAUUCAUUGUGAUCUCGGCAUUCACACAGAUGGUUUGCGGUAAAGAAUUCAGAUCGAACUUGAGAAAACCUCUUCCAAGUGCCAAGGGUGCUGUCAGAAGAGUUGUUCCCCCCUUUUCCAUCCAAUCCUUGCAGAAAGGUAUCCAUGUGGCGCCAGCCCCCAGCUGCCAUGCUUUUCAAGAACGUCCACCGGUCAAAAACCUGUUCAGGUAUCGUUACCAUCGAGGAGAUUUUCCUGUGGCUCUGGAGACCAAGGGGAUUUCCUGGAAGACCGACAUCACCAAACUGGACUUUCACUUCUAUCUGCCGAUGUUCUUUGAAGGAUUAACCGAGACCAAACACCCUUAUAAAGUCUUCGCCAGGCAGGCAGUACACGACAUGUUAACCUAUGGUGGUAGUAAGACAUUUCCUUGCAUCCCCCAGCUGAUAAUCCCAAUCAAGAACGCCUUCAACACCCGAAACAGAGAAGUCAUAUGCAUCACACUGAAGGUCCUGCAACAUCUCCUGAAGACGAACGAGCAAGUUGGGGAGGCUUUGGUACCUUACUACAGGCAACUUUUGCCAGUUUUGAACAUGUUCAAGAACUGUAACGUGAACUGCGGAGAUGAGAUAGAUUAUACGAAAACUAGAGGGGAGAAUAUAUCCGAUUUGAUCAAUGAAACGUUGGAGUUGAUGGAGAGGACUGGGGGCGAAGAUGCUUUCAUCAACAUCAAAUAUUUGAUUCCUACCUACGAGUCGUGUCUGUUGAAUUAG